ACCGGACGUGUCGCUAGUUUAAGUUGCACUUGUGCAGCAGUUGUGCAUUUAGACGCAGGAUGUCUGCAAAACAAGGAGACUCUCUAUGCGUGUUUAUCAAUGGGAAAAAGGUGACCGAGAACCAUGUGGACCCUGAAACGAUGCUGUUGCCCUUCCUCAGGGAGAGGUUGAGGUUAACUGGAACCAAGUCUGGCUGCGGCGGCGGAGGAUGCGGGGCGUGUACUGUUAUGGUGUCACGCUACCAGCCUGUUUCCAAAACCAUCAUUCAUUACUCAGCCAAUGCCUGCCUCCUGCCGCUCUGUCAGCUCCAUGGAGCCGCCAUCACCACGGUGGAGGGUAUCGGCAGCUCAAAGACCAGGAUCCACCCGGUGCAAGAGCGAAUAGCGAAGGCUCAUGGGUCCCAGUGUGGCUUCUGCACUCCAGGGAUGGUGAUGUCCAUGUAUGCCCUACUGAGGAACAAACCGCAGCCCACCAUGGACGACAUCACGCAGGCUCUGGCUGGAAAUCUGUGCCGCUGCACUGGAUAUCGACCCAUUGUGGACGGCUGCAGGACUUUCUGUCCGGAAGGAAACUGCUGCCAAGCCAAUGGUGGAGCAAACUGUUGCCUCAAUGGAGAAGAAAAUACCAAUGAAUCGGAGCAUGAAAAACCACGACUAUUUGACCGAGAGACCUUUCUUCCCCUGGACCCUACCCAGGAGCUGAUCUUCCCUCCAGAGCUGAUUUUGAUGGCAGAGGCGUCAAACCUGCAAACAUUGACCUUUCAUGGGGAGAGGAUGACCUGGGUGUCCCCCACCUCUUUGGAGGAGCUGGUCCAGCUCAAGAUGAAGCAUCCAAGGGCUCCACUGGUCAUGGGCAACACCAACAUAGGUCCAGAUAUAAAAUUCAAAGGCGUCCUGCAUCCACUGAUAAUCUCUCCCAUCAGAGUCAAGGAGCUGUUUGACGUCUCUGAGGGACCAGACGGUGUUUGGGUGGGAGCAGGCAGCAGUCUGUCCGAACUCCAUUCUCUGCUGGAGAAAAUGGUUACUCAGCUCCCAGAGGAGAAGACCGAGCUGUUCAGGGCUAUGAUCCAGCAGCUAGGGAACCUGGGGAGCCAGCAGAUCCGUAAUGUUGCUUCUCUUGGAGGAAACAUUGUGAGCGCGUACCCCAACUCGGACCUGAACCCUGUUCUGGCUGCAGGGAACUGCAAAGUCAGAGUCAUCUCCAGCGAAGGAAGGCGGGAGGUUCCUCUGAAUCAGGAGUUCUUUGUUGGAUUUGGAAAAACCAUCCUGAAGCCGGAGGAUGUUGCUCUCUCAGUUUUCAUUCCAUUUUCAAGAAAGGGGGAGUUUGUGCGAGCUCUCCGACAGGCACCGAGGAAGGAAGUUUCCUUCGCCACGGUAACAACUGGAAUGAGGGUGUGUUUCUCCGAAGGAUCCAGAGUGGUUCAAGAAGUCAGUCUGUACUUCGGAGGCAUGGGUCCGACCACCGUUAGUGCCACCAAGACCUGCAAGGCCAUCAUGGGAAGGCCGUGGGAUGAGGAGACCCUGAAUAAGGCGUACGACGUCCUCCUGGAAGAGCUGGCCCUCCCUCCAUCUGCUCCUGGCGGGAAGGUUGAGUUUCGUCGGGCUCUCACUCUCAGCCUCCUCUUCAAAUUCAACCUGGACGUCCUGCAGAAGCUCAAAGAAAUGAACGUGAUCACAGACGAGAUUCCAGAAAAGCUGCAGCCUUUGCCGAAGGAUAUUCAACCCAGUCUGCAGGAAUUCCAGGAUGUACCGAAGGACCAAGACAAUCAGGACCCAGUGGGGCGUCCCAUGAUGCACCGCUCUGCCAUCAGCCAGGCCACAGGCGAGGCCGUGUACUGUGACGACAUUCCUAAGACGGAUGGGGAGCUCUUCCUGGUGCUUGUCACUAGCUCUCGAGCACACGCUAAGAUCACAGGGCUGGACACGAGCGAAGCCCUGAAGCUUCCAGGUGUUGUCGACGUGAUCACGGCCAAUGAUAUUCCUGGGAAGAAAGCUCGCCCCAUGUUUGGUUACGAGCAGGAGCUGUUUGCUGAGGACGAGGUGUUCUGCGUGGGUCAGACGGUUUGUGCGGUGCUUGCCAAUACAAAGACACAUGCUAAACGAGGAGCAGCUGCUGUGAAGAUCACCUAUGAAGACUUGCCGGACCCCAUAUUCACCAUUGAGGAUGCCAUCGAGAAGUCGUCUUACUAUGAGCCACAGCGAGUGAUUGCCAAAGGAGACGUGGCUGAAGCUUUUAAGAAUGUGGAUCGAGUUUAUGAAGGACAGAUUCAAAUGGGAGGCCAGGAGCAUUUCUACAUGGAGACUCAGAGCAUGCUGGUUGUUCCCGUUGGCGAAGAGAAAGAGUUCAAGGUCUACAUCUCCACCCAGUGGCCCACUCUUAUUCAGGAAGCAGUUGCAGAAACGUUGGACAUUCAGUCCAACAGAGUCACCUGUCAUGUCAAAAGACUGGGCGGAGCUUUUGGAGGAAAGGUGAUUGUGACAUCCGUCCUGGCCUCCAUCGCCUCUGUGGCUGCGUGGAAGACCAACCGGGCUGUCCGCUGUGUCCUGGAAAGAGGCGAGGACAUGCUGAUCACAGGGGGGCGCCAUCCUGUUCUGGGAAAAUACAAAGUGGGUUUUAUGAAUGAUGGAAGGAUCACGGCUGUGGAUUACCACUAUUAUGCCAACGGCGGUUGCUUUGUGGAUGAAUCUGUUCUGAUCUCUGAGAAGAUUUUGCUUCAUCUGGACAACGCGUACAACAUUCCCAACCUGAGAGGCCACUCAGCAGCCUACAGGACCAACAUACCCUCCAACACAGCGUUCAGGGGCUUCGGCGUGCCGCAGGGCCUGCUGGUGGUGGAGAACAUGGUCAAUGAUGUAGCCAUGGCGCUGGGACACCCUGCAGACCAAGUCCGAGAGAUCAACAUGUACAAGGGACCGUCAGUCACUCACUACAAGGUUGAGUUCAGCCCAGAUAACCUGCAGCGCUGCUGGGAGCAGUGCAAGCUCAGGAGCGACUAUGGCGCCCGCCGCAAGGCCAUCGACCAGUUCAACCAGCAGAACCGCUGGAAGAAGAGGGGCAUUUCCAUCAUUCCCAUCAAGUACGGCAUCGCCUUUGCAGAGAGCUUCUUAAAUCAGGCAGGAGCUCUGGUCCACAUUUACAAAGAUGGUUCUGUUCUGGUGACUCAUGGUGGGACGGAGAUGGGUCAGGGGGUCCACACCAAGAUGCAGCAGGUUGCAAGUCGAGAGCUUCAUGUCCCAACGUCAAAGAUCUUCAUCAGUGAAACCAGCACCGCCGCCGUCCCAAACACGUGUCCCUCUGCCGCUUCCUUCGGCACGGACGCCAACGGCAUGGCGGUGAAGGACGCCUGUGAGAUUUUGUACCGCAGACUGGAGCCAAUCAGGCUGAAGGACCCUAAAGGAUCAUGGGAGAGUUGGGUCAGGGAGGCCCAUCUGCAGAAGAUCAGUUUAUCAGCCACUGGGUUCUUCAGAGGGAAAGACCAUUACUUCGACUGGGACAAGAUGGAGGGCGAGCCGUACUCGUACUUCACCUUCGGGGUGUGCUGCUCUGAGGUGGAGCUGGACUGCCUCACAGGAGACUACCGGACGCUGAAAACGGACAUGGUGAUGGACAUCGGCAGAAGCAUCAACCCGUCUGUGGACAUCGGCCAGAUUGAAGGAGCAUUCACGCAAGGUUUGGGUCUCUACACUCUGGAGGAGCUGCACUACUCCCCCACUGGGAUGCUGUACUCUCGAGGUCCGUCCCAGUACAAGAUCCCGGCGGUGUGUGACAUGCCUCUUCAAUUCAGCGUCUAUCUCCUGCCAGACUCCUACAACCCCCACGCCAUCUAUUCCUCAAAGGGAAUCGGAGAACCAACCCUCUUCCUGGGUAGCUCCGUCUUCUUCGCCAUCAAAGACGCGGUGGCGGCAGCUCGCUCCGACUCCGGUCUGUCCGGGCCGUUUUCCCUGGACACCCCCGCGACUCCGGAGAAGGCUUGUCUGGCUUGUGCCUCGCCGUUUACUAAGAAGGUUCCAGCCAAUAAGCCGGGAUCCUUCAAACCCUGGGCCUUAAACAUCUGAAAUCCAAUCAAUCCACAGCUUCAUCCACUGUGAAUUAACCUUAAAUAAUAAAUGCACUAUUUUACUCUAAAUGCUCUGCACUACAAGAGCAACUAAUUCAUCUGCAACACUGAAAUGUGAAAUAGAUUCUGUGCUUUUGCUCUUAGAGCCGAAUAAUAAAAGUAACUAACUCUGGACAGCGAUGAUUAUGUGAACUCUACAUUUACUAAAAAUCAAUCCUGAAACUGGAGGAUCAUUUUAAAAUUUUGUAACCACAUGUAAAUGUACAAGUUGCUUUUAAAGGAGCUUGUAAUCAACAAUAAAUGGUGUGUAAAUCAAACGAU